AUGGUCAGAUUGGUAUGUUGAUGUUCAAAUUGAGCUAAAAUAAGGUGAGUCCAGGGGUCAAAUGGGCGAAAACUCUAUCUAAAGUUUCUGUAAUUUCUGUUUUGUCCUUGUGUCGGUCUUCUAAAUGCUUCAUUUCAGAUAUUCAUUGAUUCUUCGGUCACUUCAAGACGAUAUUGAUGUCAUGAAUAAUCUUCAGGCCAAGAAAUCAUCCCUGAAGGUCACUACUCCAAAGAUUGUGGCGAACAUUGAAGACUUCGAUUAUAGGCAGAGUCCAGCUGUAAAAACGAAUUUGAUGGCGAAGAUGUUGAUGAAGUUUUGAUGGCAGAAUUAAGGAAAGUCGUGGUUGAUCUGUAGAUGGUUGAUUUGAAGUGAUCGUGUCGAAAAUGGGUGCCUUGGAGUCGCUUUUUGUCAUGCUGAAGAUGAAUCUAUUGAUUGGAAUUUGUACCGCGUAAUCUCAUUUUGUAAACCGAUGUUUUAGUUGGUGUUGAAAGUCUCUGAAAAGGUCCAUGCAACACGAAACCGCAAAUUCGACGAGCCUGAACGACGAGAAGUCAAGUCCACCGGGAGAACAGCACUCAGAACACGUCAAGAAGUCAUUCAACAAGAUUUCGACAAGAAAAACGAGGACAGGUCAAGAACAACAGCAAUAACGUCCAUCGAUGGACGAGACGAGCUCCCCACCCCUUGAAAUUACUCUACUACAACCGUAAUCCUAAUUGAUGAUCGGAGACAUGGUUCAUUUGACGUUGAUCUUCAGCAAUCAGCCCAGUGGUUCAAUUGGUCCAAAGGAGAAGGUCCAGGAAGUUCAUUGUGUCAUCAGGUGGUGUCGCACAGUGAAAACCCCGCUAUACGUAAAAAUAAAGGGAAUUAACAUGGAUAGUAUAAAAUGGUGUAAGUAUUUAUUGUUAUGAUUAAUAUUAUUAGAAUUUAUGAAAGUAUAGGGAUAUCCAAUUGUAAUGGUCGAUGUUUUAGGGCGCCAACGGACUUGCAAAUGA